CUGAUCUGCAUACUCUCUCAGCUGGACUUGGGGCUACUACUUACUGCAUCUGAAAGGCUGAAACUCACUGGGAAUAAAGAAUUCUUGUAACAAUGCCGGAACCCACCAAGAAAGAUGAAACUGAAAAUGAAAGUGCACCGCCACCUCCAGAACAAACAACACCACAGGAGGGUGGAAAUGAAAAGAGUAAAGUAUGGUCUCUUGGAGAAGGAGCUCCAGAAGAGUCAGAAAAACGAGAUGACUCCCAGAGAUCUACUUUAUUCAUCGAAAAACCUCAGAGUGGUACAGUGAGUGUCGGUGGGAAUAUUACAUUUAUAGCCAAAGUAGAAGCCAAAGAUCUUCUCCGAAAGCCAAACGUUAAGUGGUUUAAAGGAAAAUGGAUGGACCUGGCCAGUAAGGCGGGGAAGCAUCUCCAGCUGAAAGAGUCCUUUGAGCGUCACACUAAGAUUCACACAUUUGAGAUGCAUAUCAUCAAAGCUAAGGAAAACUAUGCAGGGAACUAUCGCUGUGAAGUAUCUUACAAGGACAAGUUUGAUAGCUGCUCUUUUGACCUUGAAGUCACUGAAUCUUCCCAAGCUGCUCCAUCCAUUGACAUCAGAUCUGCUUUCAAAAGAAGCGGUGAAGGACAAGAGGAUGCAGGAGAACUUGACUUUAGUGGUCUCCUGAAACGUAGGGAGGUUAAACAACAAGAGGAAGAACCUGAGGUGGAUGUGUGGGAUCUCCUGAAGAACGCGAAUCCCAGCGAGUAUGAGAAGAUUGCUUUCCAGUACGGUAUCACCGACCUGAGAGGAAUGUUAAAGCGCCUGAAGCGGAUGCGCAGGGAGGUGAAGAAGAGCGCAGCUUUUGCCAAAGGUCUGGAUCCUGCAUAUCAGGUGGACAAAGGAGGUAAAGUAAGAUUCAUGGUGGAGCUCGCAGACCCAACAGUGGAACUCAAGUGGUAUAAAAAUGGCCAAGAAAUACGACCAAGUGCAAAAUACAUUUUUGAGCACAAAGGCAACCAGCGAAUUUUAUUCAUCAACAACUGUUCGAUGACAGAUGAUGCUCGCUAUUACGUAACAGCUGGUGAUGAGAAAUGCUCUACAGAACUCUUUGUGAGAGAUCCUCCUAUUUUGGUGACCAAAGGCCUGGAGGAUACCAAUACCUACGUUGGUGAACGAGUAGAACUGAGCUGUGAAGUAUCUGAGGACGAUGCAAAUGUGAAAUGGUUUAGGAAUGGCGUAGAACUUACCAAUGAUCCUAAAUCUCGGUAUCGAAUCAAGGUUGAGGGUAAAAAACAUACUUUGAUCAUAGAGGAAGCUGCAAAAAAUGACACUGCAACUUACUCAGUUAUGACAACUGGAGGGCAAUCAGAAGCCAAGCUUGCAGUUGACUUGAGACCACUGAAGAUAUCACUUGCAUUAGAAGACCAGACUGUGAGGCUUGGACAGGAAAUCCACCUGAAGUGUGAGAUAUCUGAGAACGUGGAAGGGAAAUGGUACAAAAAUGGACAGCUGAUUGAAGCUAGUGACCGUGUAAAGCUUUAUCACAAAGGAAGAAUCCACAGAUUUGUUAUACCAGCUUCUGCUGUUGAUGAUGAGGGUGAAUACAUGUUUGUACCAGAUGCCUAUAAUAUUAAUAUUCCAUGCAAAGUACAUAUCGUGGAUCCUCCUAAACUUCACCUGGAUGGUCUUGGAGAAAAUAACACUGUUACAGUAGUGGCAGGAAGCAAACUACGACUUGAGAUCCCUAUCACUGGUGAACCAACUCCAAAAGUUGUGUGGAGUAGAGGUGACAAGGGGAUCACGGACAGCGGAAGAAUACGGGCAGAAACAUAUCCAGACAGCAGCUGCCUGGUCAUUGAUACAGCUGAGAGGGAAGAUUCAGGUCCUUUCAGAAUAACUUUAAAGAAUGAGGCUGGAGAGGACACAGCUCUAAUCAACAUCAAAGUGGUUGAUGUCCCUGAUCCUCCUCAGGCACCAAAUGUGACUGAGGUGGGUGAAGACUGGUGUAUUAUGACCUGGGAACCUCCAGCAAAUGAUGGUGGAUCACCCAUUUUAGGAUAUUUCAUAGAGAGGAAAAAGAAACAAAGCUCCAGGUGGAUGAGGCUGAAUUUUGAACUGUGUAAAGAAACAACUUUUGAGCCAAAGAAGAUGAUUGAAGGUGUUGCUUACGAGGUCCGUGUGUUUGCUGUUAAUGCAAUAGGCAUGUCCAAACCGAGUAUGCCUUCAAAGUCCUUUGUUCCUUUAGCUGUUACCAGCCCACCGACCCUCCUGGCAGUGGACGGAGUGACUGAUACCACGGUGACAAUGAAGUGGAGGCCGCCAGACCAGAUCGGAGCGGCAGGGUUAGACGGCUAUGUUGUAGAGUACUGCUUUGAAGGAACCGAUGAAUGGAUCGUGGCAAACCCGGAGCUGACAGACAAAACGAAGUUUACUAUCACUGGCCUGCCCACUGGCUCGAAAAUCCUUGUGAGAGUAAAAGCUGUGAAUGCUGCUGGUGAAAGUGAGCCCAGGUACCACCCACAGCCUAUUUUAGUCAAGGAAGUGAUAGAACCUCCUAAGAUUCGUCUACCAAGACACCUAAAACAAACAUAUACUCGAAGAGUGGGAGAAACUGUGAAUCUUGUUAUUCCUUUCCAGGGAAAACCGAGGGCAAAAGUAUCAUGGCAGAAAAAUGGUUCUCCAAUCGACAAGAAUGAAAUCAACAUCCGCAACACUGAAAAUGACACCAUCAUCUUCAUCCGAAAGGCAGAGAGGGGGCACUCUGGAGAAUAUGAUAUGACAGUGGAAGUAGAGAACCUGGUGGACAAAGCUACGAUAGAUAUUCAGAUUGUUGAUCGCCCAGGCCCACCAGAGAUUGUAACUAUUGAGGAUGUCUGGGGAGAGAAUGUAAAUUUAUCAUGGAAGCCACCAAAAGAUGAUGGAAAUGCUGCCAUUACUGGGUAUACUAUUCAAAAAGCAGAUAAGAAGAGUAUGGAAUGGUUCACAGUGAUCGAGCACUACCAUCGCACCAGUGCCACCAUCAAUGAGCUCAUCAUAGGAAACGAGUACUACUUCAGGGUCUUCGCUGAGAACAUGUGUGGCCUCAGCGAGGAUGCAACGAUGACCAAAGAGAGUGCUUUGAUUGCAAAGGACGGUAAAGUCUACAAAUAUCCAGUUUACGACGAUUUUGACUUCAGUGAACGGCCGUUGUUUACUCAGCCUCUAGUCAACACCUUUGCUAUCGCUGGGUACAAUGCUACUUUGAACUGCAGCGUUCGGGGCAACCCCAAGCCGAAAAUAACCUGGCUGAAAAACAAAGUCCUUAUAAUGAAUGACCCAAGGUACCGAAUGUUCAGCAACCAAGGUGUCUGUACCUUGGAGAUCCGCAAACCCAGUCCCUACGAUGGAGGUACUUACACCUGCCGAGCAGUCAAUGAACUUGGAGAGGCAGAAGUGGACUGCAAACUGGAAGUAAAAGUGAUCUAUCAUGGAGUAAUUAACCCAGGAGAACCAAUCUGCUUGGCGGGGAAUAAUCAGGUUUAUAAUGUGCAUACUCCUCUGGACAUUCCAUUUCAUUCCCUUCCUCUCUUUCCACAUGCAAACGCAUUUUCUGCAUGCAAAGUGUGUAUUUAUUUCCUUUUUUGA